GCACACUCCACUCUCUUGGAAGCCCAUGGAGGCCACGGCACACUAACAGCACAGGGGAGAGUCCACGCCUUGGAGCAAACCCACCUGGAUUCACCACACUGAUAUUUUAUAGUGCAACUGAAGGAGGGAGAAGACUUUCACAAUUCAAUUAUUGACUUUGUGUCAGCUCAUCUUAUUGAACUGCAUCAGUUGGUCCAGUCCCAUCCUUGCUCAGACUCUCUAAACUAGACCUCCCAACAUGCUCCUCUCCAUUGCUGUGCUCUUCCUUCUCUGCCCCCUACCCUCCCUUCAGACCCCGACCAGCCUCAAGAGGAAUACCACUGGCACCAGCCUGCCCAGUCCUGGAGUCGCCCUCAACCUCAGCCUCCCCAAACCCAUCGCCGCAAUUCUAAAUGCCAAACAGAAAGCCCGGAGUCCACCUUCACUGCCAAAGUCGAGCCCUGCCAAGGCUAACCAGACUCUCAUCUUGUCCUCCCCUGCUAAGCCCACUCCAGCCCCUGUUGCUAAGGUCCUGAAAGAGAAGGCAGCUCCCCACUCACACCCCAUUAAAGUGGUCAUCACAGAUGGCUGCGCCCAGAAGGACCAGAGGAAGGAGGCCAACAGGACCGGCGUGGCCCAGGAGAAGGAGCUGACGCUGAAGCCGGGCGCCCCGCUGGUCAUGACCCACCACAUCAGCCUGCUGCCCAGCACCUGCACCGGGGGCUGCGAGGCCGAGAUGGCUGCGCUGAAGGGCCGCGUGGAGUAUCUGGAGAAGGAGAUGGCCGCCAUGAAGAAGAUCUGCACUUCCUGCUCUGCUGGACGCUGUCCCAACAACUGCAGUGACCAAGGCAGAUGUGAGGACGGGAAGUGUGUGUGUAACGCCGGCUUCAGCGGCGCAGACUGCGGCACCUCGGCCUGCCCCUCCAACUGCAACAAGAGAGGGAAGUGUGUGAAGGGGAAGUGCGUGUGCAACGCUGGCUUCAGCGGGGUGGACUGCAGCAAAGGGAGUGAGAAGAAGGUGACCAAGGUGACUGUUGAGACAGUGACAAUGAAGGUGACCCCCGAGAGCAACGCCAUCAAAGAGACCACAACUACAACUGUGAAAAAGACAAAGGCAGACAAAACGCUAUUCGUGAAGAAAACUGAAACUGAUAAGGACCAGAAAAAGGUGUUGGUGGCGAAGAAGGAGGAACAAGGGAAAGGUAGUGAUGCUAGCCAAACCAAAGCCAAAACAACUGUGAAGACAAGCAUCCUGAAAACUGACAGCCUCACCAAAGUCACUGCCAAAACUCCAGCACCCUCUGAUGGUACUAAGACGGGGAAGACUGUGGUGAAGACUGUUGGCCAAGUGUUCCUGAAACAGUCAGGAAGACGCCCUGAGCAAGCAACCAAAGGCAAAACAGAGGUGAAGAAGAUCGAUACAAAGGUGAAAGUCACCACCAAAUCAACUGCUGAUAAGUCCUCUCUGAAGAAGGUACAACUCAAAGAUCAGCCUAUCUUGAAUGUAACUCAGACCUCUGUGAAAAAAACGAAUGGCACUUCAAAAAUGCUGACACAGUUAGUGAAAGGCUCAAAACCAUCUGUGAAUGGAACAACCUUAGAGAAGACUAUAGUCAAAACGACUAAAGUUGUCAAAACCACAGGAACACAAGUAACCAACAGUACAGUCAAAGUAACAGUCAAGACUGGCUCUGUUAAAGUGAAACCUACAGUCACUAAUGCCACAGCCACUGAAAAGGACAAGAAGUUAUUUCAAGCCAAUGCCACUAUAGUUCUCAAGGAAGGGCCAGUUGUGAAGAAAAAGGUGGAAAGUCAGUUGAACGUGACAACUGUUGAAACCAAGACCAGUUCAAAGUCAGCCAGCAGUGUGGUCACUGUUGUGGUCCAGAACAUCACGUCCACUAGUUUCAUUCUGACAUGGGAAGCCUCCCAGGGCCUGUUCCGGAACUUCACCGUGUCCAGGAGAGAGCUCCCUGCAGGGGUUGAGGACAAAGAAGAGGAGGUGGUUGUAGAGGAGGCCGAGAAGGGGAAACUUGAGAAGCAAGAUGUCACUGUCACUGGUAACGUGACUGAGGUCAUCAAACAGAGCGCCAACAAAACAGCCUCUUCCACCAAAGUCCAUGUCAGCUCCACAACCAAAGUUGAGGGGAAGAACGCGCGGAAGUUCACCCAAGUUCUCUCUGGCACUGCCCGCUCUUUCCAGUUCCGGAACUUGCGGCCUCAGACCCGCUAUGCCCUCUCUCUCUUUGGAACGGCUCCUGGAUUCCGGUCCAAAAUUUACCGCGUCACUGCCACCACAGGUCCAGAGCCUCCAUCUGAAAUGGUGUUCACCAACAUAACAGAGACCUCUAUUUCUGUGUCAUGGACAAAACCAAAGAACACAGUUACAGGCUUCAAGGUUAUCUACACAAACACUGCAACUGGCGCCAGUGGCUCCCUUACCAUGGAUUCCCAACUGUCCACUGUUGUCGUCUCCAAACUCUCCGCUGGUUCCUCUUAUGAGAUCAGCGUGACCUCCAUG